AUGAAUGAAUUGGUCGGCUAUAAGGACACGGACUGGGCGCGCGACGUUGACACUCGACGCUCCGUCUCGGCAUACGUUUUCCAGCUCGGCAACUCAUCAAUAGCCUGGAGCAGCAAACGCCAGAUGACCAUUGCCUCAUUAUCAACUGAGAGCGAAUAUAUGGCCUUGUCUUAUGGCGCGAAACAGGCACUGUGGUACCGGCGUUUCCUCACGGAAAUUGGACUCACUCUCGGAGGAACCCCUACCGCACUCCUAACAGACAAUAUGGCUGCCAAGGACAUUGCGAAGGAUACCCAUCACCAUGGACGUACCAAACACAUCGAUGUACAGCACCACUUCAUCUGCGAGCGCAUACAAGACGGAAACUUCAAUGUCGUUCACUGUCCCACUGCAGCAAACAUUGCAGAUGGACUCACCAAGCCCCUGGACAAGGAGCCAUUUUCCAAAAUGGUUUCUGAUUUAGGACUCUCACUCCAUUGA